AUGGUCCCAGUUUUAGGUAUGAAGUUUGCCAACCCUCUCGAAUUGAAGCUUUGUCUAACCAACUAUGCUGUCAAGAAUGGGUAUGACUUAUGGUUUGAAAAAAAUGAUCAUCAAAAGCUGUUGGCAAAAUGUUGUAAAUAUAAGAAGAACAAGAAGAGUAAGAGUUGUCCCUUUAGGUUGUGGGCAACCUGGAUGAAGAAUGAGAGGUCUUUUCAGAUUAAGUCAUUAAUUGAUAGGCAUAAUUGUGCAAGAGUUUUCAAAUUUGGGUCCAUUGUAAGCUACAAAUGGAUUGGAACUCAUUUCAUGAAUGAUAUAUUACAGAAACCAAAGAUGAGCAUUAGGAAAUUGAAAGCUAAGGUCAGUAAAAGGUUUAACCUGAUAGCUAGUGUUGGACAAUGCAGAAAUGCUAGGAAAUAUGCAUUUCAGCAGAUAGAAGGUACUUUAAUAGAGCAUUAUGCUAAAACAUGGAGUUAUGGAGAAGAGCUAAAAAGGACAAAUCCUGGAUCAACAGUUAAGAUGGAGGUGGAUGUGAUGCCUGAUGGAGAAACAUACUUCUCAAAGUUUUAUGUGUGUUUAAAGGGUUUGAAGGAUGGAUGGAUGGAGGGUUGUAGGAGGGUAAUUGGAGUAGAUGGUUGUUUCUUAAAGGGCAUAUGCAGAGGUCAGUUGCUUGCAGCCAUUGGGAGGGAUGCAAACAACCACAUAUAUCCUUUUGCAUGGGCUGUGGUUGCAGUAGAAAAUAAAGAAUCAUGGAAGUGGUUUCUUGAUCUUCUAAUUGAUGACAUUGGAAUGGGAGUUGGGCAUGGACUAACCAUAAUAUCAGACCAACACAAAGGAUUAGUUGAAGCUGUGAAGGAAAGGGUUCCAGCUGCAGAGCAUAGGCAAUGUGCUAGGCACAUAUGUGCUAAUUUCCAAAAAAGAUUUAAAGGGCAAAUAUUUAAGAAACUGUUUUGGAGAGCUGCUAGAUCUACAGUUGAUAGGAGUUGUGAUGCAUAUGAAAAUGGUGUUUCUGAAAGUUUUAACUCUGUAAUUGAAGCUGCUAGGAAGAAACCACUUAUUACCAUGUUAGAAGAAAUCAGGAUUUAUGUAAUGGAAAGGUUGUGUAUAUACAAGGCCAAGGGUCAAUCUUGGGAUUUAAACAUAUGUCCUUCCAUAAGGUUGAAGUUGAAUAAGCACAAGCAAACACAAAGGUUUUGGCAAGAGGUACCUUCUGGAUAUAUGCAAUUUGAGGUGAGGGUGGAGACUGAAGGGUAUGCUGUAGACCUGAAUACUAGGCAAUGUGGAUGUAGGGCAUGGCAGUUAGCAGGGUAUCCAUGUGUGCAUGGAUAUGCUGCCAUUUCAAGCCUUAAUAGGGACCCUGAGGAGUAUGUGUUAGAAUGGUUUACUACAUCAAUGUAUGCAAGUUGUUAUAGGUAUAACAUUAGGCCACUAAACUGUAGUGCUAUGUGGCCUGAAGUGGAUUACACCAAACCAUUGCCCCCUAAAAAAAGAAGACUACCUGGAAGACCAACAAUGAAAAGGAAAAGGGACCAGGUUGAGAGAGAAGCUAAGGGAACAAGGCAUACAGUCUCAAAAAAGGGAAUGAUCAUGAGAUGUACCAUUUGUAGGGAAAGAGGACAUAACAGAUCAACAUGUCCAUUAAGACCAAAUGAUGUACCAUCUACUUCAGGUUCUAACAAAAAGAAACCUAAGAAACAAGGUAAAGUAGACCUUGAAGCUGAAUUGGAAGUGGAACAUGUUGUCAUGUUUGAAAGUGAAAGUGAUAGUGACUUUGAAAGUGAAAUUGAUGUUCCUGAAGUUGAUCUGGUACCAGAAGUUGAAGUUGAUGCUAACAUAGAAGAUGAGAUUCAAGCUAACAAUGAAGUGGAACAUGAAAUUGAAGUUCAAGAUAAUGUGGAACAGGAAAUUCAACACAAUGCAGAAAAUCAAGUUAGGAAGAGGACAAGAAAAACUUUAGAAAGAAUCACAAAGAUUCAGAUAAGGAAGAACAUAAGGAGGAAGGAAGGAAGCAGUACUGACCACCCACUGGAGAUUUGA